GACCCGUAGUCGUUGGGCCACAGACGUACUGGAACAGCGGGCGCAGCAUUCGCGAGGGCGCCAUCCAGCCGAGGCAUGCCAUAAAGUGGAGCGAGUCCGAACGUGUCUUCCACAAGCCACCACCACAUCCCGGCCCUGGGAACUAUGACUUGAAGAGGUCCAUCGGUAGCGUCUCGGCGCCGAGCUUCCCGAAGGCGCAGCGAUGGGCAAGGAUACCCAAGAG